AUGGCCGCAAUUGUAAAUGAAAAUUUCGGCUUCCUGUCAUUCUUGUUCAAGAGUAAUGAUUGGGUGAGCUUAAAUGGGCUAGUGGCCCUGGUAACUACGAGUGGCCAGGAGCUCUUCUCCUUGUUUGCCUUCCACUGUCCGUGCACACCACGGUUGAACCUCCAGUACGGGCUGAUGACCAUCUGGGGGCCCGCCUUGCUGUUGUUCUUCAUCAACAUCUUCCUCAACAAACAAACUAGGAACCUGGUGGCCGAGUGUCGCAUCCGUAGGAACAAGAAAUGCUCAGUCAUCACAACCUUCCUUCUCCUAAAGUCCAUCCUAGUCAGUGCUUUCGUGGCCCCAGUCACCUGGUUGGUCAUGACCCUGCUGCAAGGGGAGGCCUAUGUCUGCACAUUCAGCGAGUUCGUGGACCCAUCCUCGCUCAUGGCCAGGGACGAGAGCUUUACUCUCUCCCAUGCCACACAGAUCUUGGCCAAGUUCCCUUGCAGGGAGGGGCCUGCAAACCUGUCCGACUUCCAGGAGGAGGUGAACCGCAGGCUCAAGUAUAAGUCUCAGUUAUUAGGGGUGGCGCUUAUCACCGCGAUUGCAUAUCUGCUGCUCUGUUUCAAGUUGUGCUGCUGCUUUUCAAAGUUCAACUUCUGCUUUUCAAAGUUCAACUACCGCCAGGAGGCCUACUUGACCAGCUACCUCGCCAACGAGGAGCGGCUCUUCCAGCAAACGGCCGAGCUGCACUCACUCAUACUGGCGGCCAACAACGUGAAGCGCUUCUUCGGGUUCGUGGCGCUCAACAAGGAGGACGAGGAGCUGGUGGCCAAGUUCCCCGCAAAAGGCACCCACCUGAAGCUACAGUGGGACAACAUCACUGGCAGUUACCUGUUCCAGGAGAAGCUGGGUAUCCCCCUCUACAGCCGCCUGCAUGAGUGGGCCCAGGGUCCAUGUGAAAAGGACAGCGUCAUCGACAAAGAGAUGGUGGCCCUGCUCCCCCACCCAGAGCCCAAACUUUCUGCCAGCCAGACUCCCGACCCCAGCAGCCCCAUCCUUCCUCCCGCACCACUGGCUCUGGGGGAAGUAUGA